AUGGCUGCCGCUAAUAAAUCCGCGAUCAAGACACUCAAACCCCCGGCCAUUGCUAGCACAGGACCCUUCGCCCAUGUCGGCCACACUGAAGGCCCCGCCAAGGUUGUCUUCACCUCGGGCAUGGUCGGCCAAACUCAAGACGGAAACAUCUCGGACUCUUACGUCGAACAAAUCAAGCAGAGUCUCGUCAAUCUAAAACAUUGUCUCGAGGCUUCAGGUGCCACCGUCAAGGAUGUCCUGAAGUUAACCUACUACAUUGUCAACUAUGAUCCCAAUAAUCGACCUCAUGCAGCUAUCAUUUUUGAAUGGUUAGAGGGCCAUCGUCCAGCAACCGCUCUCGUACCAGUCCCGAAGCUGGCAAACCCCAAAUUCCUUUUCGAGAUUGAGGCCAUUGCUGCCGUGAGAGAUCCGGCGCUCGCGGCCCCGAUCCCAACUCCUGUCUCGGGUAGAGUUGAUGAAUUUGAUGUCGUCGUUGUUGGCGCGGGUUUGAGUGGCUUGCAGGCAGCACAUGACCUCCAGAAGGCGGGAUUGAAGACUAUAGUAUUGGAAGCUCGCGAUCGAGUGGGCGGCAAGACAUGGACUGUUCCCACAGCGAAUGGCAAAGGUGCCAUUGAUCUUGGAGGCGCCUGGAUCAACGACACAAAUCAGAGCAAGAUGUGGGCUCUUGGUCAGAGAUUUGGAAUGGAGUAUACUGUCCAGACUAUUGAGGGAGACUGUGUGCUUCAAGAUCAUGGACGCUUUCCAUUCGGGGAGCUUCCUCCGUUUGAGAGUAAAGAGGAGCUGGAAAGUUUUGACAAAUUCAGGGAAGUGGUGGAGGAAAGGUGUCAAACUAUCGACAUCGAGAAACCUUGGCUUGGAGAGGGGAAAUACUAUGACUCCAUGACAUUUGACGAGUUUGCAAAGCGGUCCGGGGCUUCUCCUAAGACUGUAGAAUACGCGAAUCUCUGGGUAAGAGCUAUGAUGGUAAAGAUGGUGGACAGCAUCUCCGCAGCAAGACUGCCUUACUCAGAAGGCCUGGCCGGUCUACUCACACCGGGUUCGGUCCUCCUGUCCACUCCGGUCUCCAGUAUACGGCAAACUGGUAAGGCAUGCACGGUUACAACAGCGAGCAACCUCACAUUACGAGCGAAGAAGGUUGUCGUAUCCAUCCCAACGCCUCUCUACCGCGAUAUCUCCUUCAGCCCGCCUCUCUCGGGCGCUAAGCUGGCUCUCUCCUCAGCUACCCGCCUUGGCUACUUUACCAAGGUCAUUCUGGUUUACUCCUCACCCUGGUGGACGAAGGCAGGCCUGGCAGGUCUCGCACACUCCUUCAACACCACCGCCGACGGAAAGACUGCCAAUGGAGCAGGCCCGGUCACCCUGAUUCGCGAUACGUCUGAUCCGGAAGCCGGAGUGUAUGCAUUGACAUGCUUUGUCCUUGCCAACGUCGGCCGCACCUGGUCCCAGCUGCCGCCUGCCCAGCGGCGCGCCGAGGUGUUGGAACAAGUCGCACAGAUGUACUCUGACGUUGACCGAGACCUAGUAUACGCUCCGGUCGAAGUGUUUGAGCAGGAGUGGGCAAAGGAAGAAUGGAGUAAGGGGUGCCCCUGUCCGGUAACGCCACCUGGGGUACUUAGUACGGUUGGCCAUGCUAUUCGAGAGCCGCAUGGCAACGUGCAUUUCGUGGGGACGGAGACGAGCGUUGUCUGGAAGGGCUACAUGGAGGGAGCAGUGCGGAGCGGGGAGAGGGGAGCGGCCGAGGUAGUCGAGGCAAUAAGAGGGAGCCCGGAGUCAAUCAAGGCGAACCUGUAG